AUGAAGAGGAGAAUGAGAGGAACCACAGUCAAGAAUCCAAUGUCUUUUGGUAUUCUUGGAACAGUGAAUAAAGAAAAUGACUCUAAAGUAACAGAAUUUGUUCUUAUGGGCCUAUCAUCCUCAUGGGAAACACAGUUAUUUCUCUUCCUAAUAUUUUUGCUAUUUUAUGUUGCUAUUGUCCUGGGAAAUCUCAUGAUAGUGGUAACAGUGCAAACCAAUGCUCAACUGCUCCAGUCUCCUAUGUACUAUUUCUUAAAUAACCUCUCUUUCAUUGACCUGUGCCUCAGCUGUGUCACUGUGCCUAAGAUGUUAGGGGAUUUCUUACAGCAGGACAAGACCAUCUCUUUUUCAGGAUGCCUGGCCCAGAUCUACUUCCUCCACUUUCUGGGAGCUAGUGAGAUGUUUCUUCUGACAGUCAUGGCCUAUGACAGGUAUGUGGCCAUAUGUAAUCCUUUGCACUACCUGACAGUAAUGAAUCGCCAGCUAUGUCUUAAAUUGGUGUUUGCCUGCUGGUGUGGAGGUUUCCUCCACUCCAUCACACAGGUAAUACUGGUUAUUCAGCUGCCAUUCUGUGGCCCCAAUGCUCUGGACAAUUUCUACUGUGAUGUUCCACAGGUCAUCAAACUGGCCUGCACAGAUACUUAUGUGGUAGAAGUGCUGAUGGUCUCCAAUAGUGGUCUGCUGUCUCUCAUCUGUUUCUUGGUCCUGCUAUUCUCCUAUGCUGUCAUAUUGAUCACUUUGAGAUCUCACCUCCGUGAAGCCCAGGGCAAAGUACUCUCUACCUGUGCUUCCCACCUAACAGUGGUCAGCCUGAUCUUUGUACCAUGUGUUUUUAUCUAUCUGAGGCCAUUCUGCAGCUUCUCUGUGGAUAAGAUAUUCUCUGUGUUUUACACAGUGAUCACACCUAUGUUGAACCCUCUCAUCUAUACACUCAGAAAUUCUGAUAUGAAGACAGCUAUGAAGAAGCUAAAAGAGAAGCAUAUGGCAUCCUGUUGCCUUAUUAAAAGAUAA